AUGCCAACGGAAAUACACUCCGACAAUGGUACAAACUUUAGAGGAGCAAAUAACACCCUGGUUGAACUGCAUCGUCUUUUGGAGAACAAGCGCACGAGAGAAGCAAUCAACAACGAAUGCAGCCUGAAGCGAAUUCAAUGGUAUUUCAUACCACCGCGAGCACCUUCAUUCGGCGGACUGUGGGAGGCGGCCGUCAAAACAGCUAAAACGUCUUUGGUGAAAACACUCGGAAGCACUCAACUGUCCUAUGAAGAUUUCGCGACCAUCCUGACCCAAAUCGAAGCCAACAUGAAUAGUCGCCCGCUGACAUCAUUGUCGGUCGGUACGUCGCUACAAAGUCUGCCGGAGCCAGACUACACCAGUAUCCCUAGCAACCGAUUGCAACAUUACCACGAACUGCAGAAGCUGGUCCAACAACACUGGGAUCGAUGGCGUAAGGAGUACCUCUACGAGCAGAACCAUCAAAGGAAGAAGGCUGGAUCAGCGACGAACAUUCAAGUUGGGCAAAUUGUGUUGGUACAAGAUGAAGGAAAACCAUCUAUAUCAUGGCCGCUGGCACGAAUUGUGCAAAUUCACCCUGGAGAUGAUGGCGUAGUUCGCGUUGCGACACUACGAACUUUGAGUGGAACCUACAAACGUUCAAUCUCGCGUAUCUACCCAUUACCAUGCGACCAACAACACAACACCGAUGAGAUCUCGACACCUGCCAGCAAAAGUCCUAAAAUAAGCAAAUAUUAG